AUGGCACGCCAAUCCUUUUUCCAGGGUAAGAAACCUACGAAAAUACGGCGGGUUUCCGUUGGUGGAAUCGGAAUUAUGCACCGUAGCAUCAUAUGUACUAUCACGCAGAAAUUGAUAUCAAAAUUAGAGAAGCUUAAGGAUCUAAGAAACCGUAAGAAACAGAAACAGAAACAUCAACUCUCGGAGGGAGUUAAACCGGAAUAG